UAAAAUCCAAGCCCUUACGAGCAGAAUGCGCUCUGCCCGAGUGCCCGGACGUUGCGUGUCUUCCAGGGUUUAGCGUUGAGAGACACAUAAGGACGGGGUUUCGAGGAUUUUCUCUCAAAAAUCCCCUCAAAGCCCACUUGUUUUAUUUUUAUCACACGCAUCCUCGCUAUUCUGCUGUAAACGCGGAUCAUCCUUCACCAAAGCUGAGCUCAUCUGCAUUUUUAGACACGAUUCACUAUCAUUCGCCAACCUAUUUUUUAUUAACUGUGAAGGAAGCGAAACAUGGGCAGGGCAAUAUUUCGAAGGAGGAUCCUUAAAUAAACGCUGUACCGUCAGUUUGUGGGUUGGGUAAAUGAAUCACGCUCGUUCGCUCUGAGAAUACUCACUCACCCAGUUCAAACGGUUCAAAGAGCGUCCUGUUCUUUACGCUGUUUGCGUAGAAAGGCGCGUUGUCGUCAUGGUGACUGCAUAACGCUUAAGUUUCACCCUAACCAGGCGUGCUUUUCACGGGCAUUGAUUUAACAAUCGAGUUCAACCGUUUGUAGCAAAAUAAUGGAGGAGACACCUAGGGAGACAGCUGAUAAAGAAGACAUGGAGAUAAACAUCCCUUCAUACCCCCUACCCCUGGAAAUACAGCAGAUGGAUCAUUCUGAGAAGGCCUGUCGUUACUGUGGCAUAAGUUAUUUGAUCCUGCAUGAGUUCCAGCACCUGCAGGAGCGUUUGCGGGAAGUCGAGAGAGAGCUGGAGCAGGAGAGAGGAAGUGUGGGGAGAGAGAGAACCUUAAGAGAGGAGCUCCAAGAAGCCUACACUCAUCUGGAGGAGCUGAAGACAUCUGUGCUUCAGCAGGAAGAAACCACGAGGGCCCUUGACCUGCAGCUGUGCGUGGUCACGCGUGAGAUGGAAAGCAUGAAGGCGGAGAAAAAAACAGCGAUUACAGAGCUGGAAAACGAGCGCACUUGCCGCCUGCAUCUUAGAUCAAGGUUUGUGCAGCAGCAGUGGCUUCUCAGGGAGGCUUUGGCCCUGCUGCAUUCGUCUCGAGGGGAGAUGACGACUGUUAAGAACCAGUUAACUCACUUCCUGGAGACCUGGGAGAACAGCAAAGCACUGAUACAGCAGAGUUGCAUCAGUGCUGAUGAAGAGUGUGCUCGUCUGAAGCAGCAAGUGGUCGGGUUGCAGGAGGAGCUGAAGAAGCUGCAGGUGGAGGUGCCAAACAUGAAGUCAUGUCUUGAUGCAGCUAAAGAACAGAUUCUGCAGUUGGACAACCAGGUUGAGACCCAGAAACUAUUGCAGAACCAAAACCAAGAAGCCCAGGUUCUCAUACAGGGCCUGAGGGAGGAGGUGAGGACUCUGAAAAUAGAUCUCCAGAACAGCAUGCAUGAACGAGAGCAUGUAAAGAAACUCCUGGAAAUAAAGUCCGCGGAGAAGGAGGAUCUACGAGUGUUGUGGAGUGAACAGACGGCCACCAUUGAGAGGCUAUCCCGAGACCUGAGGGAGAAGGAGGGGAACCGGUUGUCAUGUCAACAACGAUGCGAGUCCAUACAGGAACAGCUGUUGGCGUGGCAACAGAAAGAAGAGGAGGUGGCCCGGAGACUAGAACGGGCAGAGGGCGAGAUGAAGGACCUGAGAGUAGCCCGAUCCACUUUACUGCAGGAGAGGGAGGAACUGAGGAGAACUCAUGUGGGAGAAUUGGAGAGACUGGAGGAGAGCUUUAGAAUGAGGCUGAAAGCUGCAGAAGAGCAGAGUUCAAAGAUGGAGGCUUUUCUCCAGCAGAAACAGGCUGAGCAAGACAAACAGCUGAAACAGCAAGAGAUGGAGUUAAGAAAAGAAGCUGAUAUUGAACUAGACAUCGAAAGACAAAAAAACCUGGAGCUGAUUAACAAAUACCAGAGUGAAAAACAGCAACUACAAAACAAGAUUCCUGCUCUCAUUCAUUCAGCCGUGCAGGGGCUCCAGGAGGAGUUGGCAGUUCUGCAGGAACAGAUUAAAGAGCAGGAGAAAGAGAUGAAGCAGUUUUGUGAGAGCGCCUCCCAGAGGCAGCAUCAGCUCCUGGAAGAGCGGAGGACAGGAGAGGCACAGCUGCAUUCGGCCCUGCAGGAACUGCGGCAGAAGACACAGGAGUUAAACCAGGUUCAGAGUAACAUACAGCAGCUCAAAGAAGAGAGCGCCACCCUACAGGAAGAGCCAUUCAGAGGUGGACUUGCUGGUGUGUGUGGAAUCAUUGUCCUGCUGCAUAAUCCAAGUACGCUUGAGCUUGAGGUCACAAACUGACGGCUGGACAUUCUCACAAAAGCCUUUGCGUUCUUUCUGGUCAGCAAUGGCUUUUGGCUCAGAACUCUCCCAUGGAUGCCGUUUUUGCCCAGUCUCUUUCUUAUUGUUGAAUCACGAACACUGAACUUAAUUGAGGCAAGCGAGGCCUGAAGUUCUUUAGAUGCUGUUCCGGGUUCUUUUAUGACCUCCUGGAUGAGUCGUCAUUGCGCUUUUGGAGUGAUCUUGGUAGGCCGGCCACUUCUGGGAAGGUUCACCACUGUUCCAAGUUUUCUCCAUUUGUGGAUAAUGGCUCUGACCGUAAUUCGCUGGAGUCCCAAAGCUUUAGAAAUGGCUUUAUAACCCAUUCCAGACUGAUACAUGUUCUUGAAUUUCUUUAGAUCACGGCAUGACGUGUUGCUUGUUAAGCAUGCUUCAUGUUGUCAGAAAGGUUCUUGUUAAGUGAUUUCUUGAUUGAACAGGUCUGACAGUAAUCAGGCCUGGGUGUGGCUAGUGAAAUUUAAUGCUGCUUUCUAAAAUAAUGUUCUUUCAUGAUUUAACAGUAGGGGACAAUUAUUUAUUUUUUUUCACGUAGGUCCAGAAAAAGGUUUGGACUGUUCAUCAUUUUAAAAACUGCAUUUUGUAUUCGCUUGCAUUAUCUUUGUGUAAUAGUAACAUUUGUUUGAUGAUCUGAAUCUCUUAAGUGUGACAAAUGCAAAUAUAAAAAGAAGAAAACAAAAAAGGAGGGGGCUUCACAGCACUGUAUAUAGUGUGUGUCUUGGAGUUUUUAUUAUUUUAUAUGCUUAAUAGUCGAGCAUGAAUCUAAGUUUUUUGUAAUCUUUUAAGUUUUUUUUUUUAUUUGUAUUUGAUAAACUAGGCUACAUUGAA